CGCCCCGCACACGCCCAGCAUCCCGAAAUCCCCUCGGGACGCGGGGGAAUCGCACCUGCUGCCCAGCAGCCCCGGCCUCACGCCCUCCCACCCUUUCCGCGGGUCCCUCGGCCCCUGACUCCGGGCCUCCACUCUCCAGCCCCCGCUCCCCGUGCGUCCCGCUGGGGUUGCCGCCCAGUGAGGAGGCACCUGGCAGAAACACUAUUUUCAGGAGCUCAUGAAAGACUUCCUAGAGAAGAGAGAUAAGGGCCAGCUUCUCAUACAGAGGAGCAGGAGACUGAAAGAGAAUCUUCUGAGACAGAUGCAGCUUUCCGUAUCCCAAGAUGGGUACAUUCACUUUGGCGACAAAGUGAUGCUGGUGAAUCCCGACCAUCCUGAGGUAGAAACUGACCUGUUUCUGCGUGGGGACCUGAGCCUAAGUGUGACUCCAGAUGAGAUCAAAGCUCUUCUAAGCGAUGAAUUAGAGGGGCCCUGUGGCCUGAGCAUGGCUCCAGCCAAGAUCCCACUGGGCAGAAACACUUUUGUCAUUUUGAGUGUAGACAGAGAUGCUGAUGGUCAAGUCCUUCGAUUCGGGCAGAACUUCCGCCUUGGGAUAACAGGAGGCUUUGAGGACAAAAUGUUAUAUUUAUCAAGCGACCACAGGACCCUCCUGAAAUCGUCUAAGAGGUCCCGGCUCCAGGAAGUGUACCUGACGGAUGAGAUCUCCUACCUGAACUGCUGGCAGGCUGCCUACCUGGACCCGCAGCUGCGCCUGGAAUACGAGGGCUUCCCUGUUCCGGCAAAUGCCAAAGUCCUUGUCACUCACUGCUGCACGAACCGGGGCCUGGCGGCCCACCGGCACCUUCUCUUAGGGACCUACUUUGGAAAAGAGGCUGAGGUCGUUGCUCACACACACCUGGAUUCACACAGAGCCGAAAAGGCCAGGAACCACUGGAUGCUCGUGACUGGGAAUCCUAGGAAAGACUCAUCCACCGUGUUGGACCUGCCCAAGCCUCCAGCCCAGGACACCCAGGCCCUGGAGCAGGCAGCGGACCCGGGGUGCAGUAACCCGCCGUAAAAUGGAGCUUUACGGGGGAUCAACAAUCUUGGUCAGGCCUCAAGCUAUUUUUAAGUACAGCAUAGAGCUUUCUGAAUACUACAUUGAAACAGAGACUAUUAAAUUAGUAGUGGGGGUCUAGGACACAGAAAAAACCUAGCUCUGGGGAAUAGUUCCUAAUGAGUGAAGGUGACAGGUGAUAUUCCUCUGUUGAUUGUGGAUCCUCUAUUUAGACUCUAGGGGGCAGCAGCCUCUCCAAGGAUGAUGGAUGAGGUGCGACAUUUUUGCUGUGUCUAUGCCUGUGCAAUAAAACUAUGCUGAAUCUUUGGAACCAACUUCUUACCCCGACUCUGUACAAUGUACUAAGAAAUGCACGGUGUGUAGCUGUGAGCUGUGGCCUUACUUUGGAGUUAAAUGUUUUCCCCUUGUAUUUUCGUUUCUACCUCUGGCUUGGGGGUGCGGGUGGGAAGGGUGUAUCUCUACCUGACCAGUCACAGUAUUUCAUAAUGAUUUUUGAGCCACAGAACCUCUGUAUUUCUAUCUUAUCUUUGAAACUGGCACAUUAGUUGUUCCAUGUGAUCAGGAAAUUUCUGAAAAAUAAACGUGUCCCUCCAUG